UGCUCCGGGUUCUUUAAAAUCUUUUUUCAAAAUUCCCGGCUCCGGAGCUAGCUCCCGGAGCCAUACUCAGCACAGGAAAAAAAUCAACUUUAUAUUUACAGAAAAGUUAAAAAAUAAUUUCAAAAUUUUCUCUAGUAUAUAACAACAUCUAAUGACUGUUCACAAAUGGUGCCUAUAAUUAUUUUAAAUUAUACAAAUUCUACAAGUUUUAAAUUAACCGAAAGAGCAGAAAAUGUUGAAAUUAACCAAUUAGACUACACAAUAUAUAUUAAUUACGAAAUUUCCAAUAUUUACAAUCCAAAUUUGAAAUUUGAAUUUUGUGUUAAAGAAUGGAAGGAUGCAUUAGCUUUUUGCAAUCACAUCACAAUAAUAAAAAGAGGGGGAAAUUGA